CCGUCGAUGUAGUCCUGCUUGGUGUCGCAGUUAUUUCUCAACUUGCUCAGGACAAUUUUUCUCAUGGGACUGUGUUGUAGGACGUACAGCAUCCCAGGUCUUGGGGCACUGAAAGGCCUCGCACACUUCCAGAGUGUGGAGUGGUUGGGGGCGCGGCAUACCGCCUGCGCGGAGAACCAAUAGGAUCACUGUACGGCCGUUCUGUCCACGGUUGGUGGCAGCAACUGCCAACUGCCUACAGAAAGGGUGUUUGGGUAGCUCCAUCAUGGCUGCCGUUGAUAUUACAGACAUCCUGCCCAAAUGAUUUCUUCAAAGCCCAGACUUGUCGUACCUUAUGGCCUCAAGACUCUGCUCGAGGGACUUAGCAGAGCCGUUCUCAAAACCAACCCACCAAACAUCACCCAGUUUGCAGCAGUUUAUUUUAAAGAACUCAUUGUGUUUAGAGAAGGGAAUACUUCUCUGGAUAUAAAAGAUCUUGUUAAACAAUUUCAUCUGAUUGAAGUAGAGAGAUGGUCAGAAGGAACGACACGAGAGAAGAAACCAGAAUGUGUAAAAGAACCGGUAGGAACAUCCAUAGUUUCCCACGAACCUACACGGAUGGAAAAAUCUACAGACACAGAGGAGGACAAUAUAGCUGGACCACUGUUCAUCAGCAAAACCACUCAGUUCCCAUCAGUUCAUGCUGAGCUGCUCCCAGAGCCCGAGGAGACGUCCGAAGCCGCUCGAGGCUCCAGUUCAAAGCCAACUACCUCUAAGGCUAUGAGCCCACCGUCAUCACCGUCUCCGGCAGCUGGCUCCCCGGAGUUUGCUUAUGUCCCAGCCGACCCAGCUCAGUUUGCUGCUCAGACGUUAGGUAACGUUGCAUCUAUUCAUUCUGAUCAGUCUGACGUGUUAAUGGUGGAUGUGGCAACAAGUUUGCCUGUGUUUUCCAAGGAGGUGCUCAGCUCAGAGGCUGCCGAAGAUGCCGCGGCAGCCACUCCUGCUGUGUAUUCUGCAGAGGUGGUGGCCCUGCAGGUUCUGAGCCAAACAUCUGUCCGUGUAGAUUUGGGUUCUGAAUCUAAAGACGAUGACGCUGAGCCAUCAACGGCUUCCUCAUUCCCCUUGCAGGAUGAACAAGACCCUCCUGCUUACGAUCAAGCUCCUGAGGUCCCUUUGCAGGCUGAUAUUGAGGUCACAUCAUUCGUUCAUAUAUCCUCUAUCUAUAACGAUGAGCCUGUGACUGAAGGAGUCACUUACGUUGAGCAAAUACCAGAGCACAUAGUUAUCCCUUUCACUGAUGACGUUGCUACUCUUAAAGAAAAUGAUCAGUCAUCACCCUCUGGUCCCAUUCCUGUAGUACUCAUGAGGGGCUCAGGCAAAGCCGUAGGUUCUGGAAAACGCGCACAGUCGGAGGAGGACGCAGAAUAUUCCUCGGUGCAAAUGGAGGCAGAAGCAGUUCUGUACUCCAACACCUCCCUGCAAGGUCCGCCUGCACAACUCCAGGAUGCAGAGGGCUCUACCAAUGCAGUAGGCUCUGAAAAAUCUUUGCACCUUGAAAUGGAGUUUACUGCUCUAGUCCCUGGCAAUCCUGGGCAGGAGGAAUCCGGGAAACACUCUGCCACCCAGGAGAUGGAGGCCACACUUGCGCUCUCUGGGGAAGCUGCCAAAGCAGGGAGCUUGGGUGCACCUGUAAGGUCAUCUGGUGGUCCCCCCAUUCCUGUUCCAGAAGGUCUUACUGAGCCAGAAAUCGAACCAGAGUGGGAAGCAGCACCCGAACAAGGUUUGAUGGAGCCAGCCAUAGCAGCAAGCGAAGCAGGACAACCACCACCAUAUUCUAACAUGUGGACCCUUUAUUGUCUAACUGAUAUGAAUCAACAAAGUCGCCCAUCACCGCCACCUGCACCUGUGCCUUUCCCCCAAGCAACCCUCUAUUUAUCUAAUCCUAAGGAUCCACAGUUUCUGCAGCAGCCACCGAAAGUUACUUCUCCAACUUACGUGAUGCUGGACGACAGCAAGAAGACCAGUGCCCCACCUUUUAUUUUAGUAGGCUCAAAUGUUCAGGAAGCUCAGGAUUGGAAACCUCUUCCUGGACAUGCUGUUGUUUCUCAGUCAGAUGCCUUGAAGAGAUACACUGCAGUCCAAGUACCCAUCGCUGUUCCUGCAGAUCAGAAAUUCCAGAAACAUACCCCAAACCCCCAGAAUGGUAGUCCUCCGCCAAGUGGACAAGAUGUCCCCAGGCCACAAAGCCCAGUUUUUCUCUCUGUCGCAUUCCCAGUAGAAGAUGUAGCCAAAAAAGGUUCAGGAUCUGGUGACAAACGUACCCCCUGUGGAAGUUAUGGUAUUGCUGGAGAGAUAACCGUGACCACCGCCCAUGUCCGCAGAGCAGAAACUGGGAACUGGUAGGUGCGUUUUCCUACCAUAAUGUGUGGGCCUUGGCUUGCUCCUAGUGUUUGAUUUGCUGAUCUGGAGGUUGAGGUGUUUAUGAAAAUUGCAUUGAGAUAUGCAAGGAGUUGGUGUAUACUCAAAUUUGAUGAGGUUACUAUCUCCAAGUUCAUUGCCCCCAGUUGCUAAUAAAUGCACAGUGUGUGUACUGCACCGUGAGGACUCGGACUUGGUGCCUAAUACAUGAACUGAUCCACUCGAUCACCUUAGGAAUAUGGGUUCUUCAUCUAGCCCCUGGAAGAUACUAGAAAAGGGGUAGAUUUAUAAGAGGACAUUCUGUAGGAACUGUAUAAUCCAAUUGGUGUGUUAAAGGGUGGGUCGGAGCAGAGACAAGACAUGAGCACUGGGGACAACUGGAGAGAGAUAAGAGAUUGUGUGUAGAGCAGUAUGUUUGUUCCCUCUUAGAGUGAAGAUUUAUAGAUUUACACAGUAGGAGUCUGGAAACGCCCUGAAGAGCCCAAACUGGAAUGAACUGUGGAUAAGACAGUUUUAUCACUCACAGAUCAUCUUUAAAUUCUUUAUCUACCUAGUACUUAAUGCCACGUCCUGUGCUCGUCCCUCCUUCCUGAGGUGUGUAGGCAGGGCACACCAGGGACCUUCCCACUUGGGGAAAGCACCAGAGGUAAUUACACCAUGUGAAGUAGGGUGAACCAAACAAGAUGCUGACAGGUGUUCAGGCCCAGAUGCAAACUGACCACUGAGUGAGUGCAAGGAGCCAGCCUUGUAGAGACCCCACAGACCAGGCCUAGGGCUUAAAAGAGCAGGAGUCUGAGACACCCCAAGGAGGCCAAAAUGAGAGCGGCUGGGAAGAGCCAGGACAGCACCUAAGAGGACGCUGGAGCUGUGAAGAGAGGACCCUAUGAGUCAGGGCCUCUGUGUCCCUAGGAGAGAGACUGGGGUUAAAAGCUCAGUAGGAAGCCAGAGCUGGAGGUCACUAGAGGGAGCAGAGACACGAGUUAAGGAGGUAUAAUGCAACUGUUAAACCCACACCCCCACGAGUUCUGCUCCUUAAAACAAUUUGUGGGAAUUUCAAGCUGAACAUCUGAUGGGCAAAAGCUCCAUUUCCUUCACAGGCAGGUUCGAAUACUACAUCGCAUUUAAGGAGACAACUCAGUUAUCAAAUCUUAGGCCUAUGUGCCCUUAUUCAUCACCCCCUUUGUAGACUUUUAGCAGAAUUGUCAAAAUGGCUUUCUCAGCAUGAAAUGCUGGGAUAUUUCGCUGCAAAUACAGGUAAAUGAGUAGAUAAGAAUUUAAUGACAGGAGUGCAGACCUCGUAUUUCUGAUCUGCCGUUCUUUUUACUUGUUCAUUUUCAUGAUUAAACAAUUCAUUGUUUGCAUUCCUAACAGAUGCCAGUAGUGACGCCAUUUGAGUCAACGUUCAAGGUGGAGUCUGCCACCCCAUGUAAUUUGUCAAUAAACUUCAUGCAAGCAUAAA